GCAACGGCCGGAACUGUAGUAUGAAGUGGUUCGUAUCCGGGGAACUUGAAUCUGUUGCACCAAGUGUUGAACUUGACGUUUUGUAACAUGUUGUUGAUGAAGGGUGUACGUGCACAUACCCGCAUAAUUUGAGUCAGGUGAAACAUACCUGUCUUGUGGGGCAUUUCACUUAUAACUCUAGGAUUAUGCUAUUACCGUUCCUUCUCCGUGGAUGCACUGCAAAGCACUACGUACAGCAAGCGCUUUCUAGCACUCGGCUAUGCAUUAAUUGUUGCAACGUUAGACGACUAGCCACAUCCAGUGGCCAGCUCUUCCUCAGGAAGACCCCACAACGAUUCCUCAACCAGUCACGAGGAGCUAAAGUUCACAAAAGGAAACAUCAGAACCAGGAAGAUGACUGGAAGAAAAGGAACAAGACUGUCCUCACAUACAUCGCGGCUGCCGGAGUUGGAAUGAUUGGCCUGUCAUAUGCUAGUGUUCCACUCUACAGACUGUACUGUCAAGCAACAGGGUUGGGAGGCACAGCAGUAGCAGGACAUAACACAGAUCAAGUGGAGACAAUGAAGCCUGUCAGGGACCGUAUUAUUAAAGUGACCUUCAAUGCAGACACUCACGCCAGCAUGCAGUGGAACUUCCGUCCGCAGCAGUCAGAGAUUUACCUCGUACCAGGAGAAACUGCGCUGGCUUUUUAUAAGGCACGGAAUCCCACAGACAAACCAGUGAUAGGCAUUUCUACCUACAAUGUCGUACCUUUUGAUGCUGGACAAUAUUUUAAUAAGAUACAGUGUUUCUGUUUUGAGGAACAGAGGUUAAAUCCACAUGAGGAAGUAGACAUGCCUGUUUUCUUCUACAUUGAUCCAGAGUUUGAUGAUGACCCCAGGAUGGCACGAGUUGAUACUAUUACACUCUCAUAUACCUUUUUUGAAGCCAAGGAGGGACAGCAAUUACCCAUCCCUGGGUAUAGCUAAUUAUUUAAUAUUCAGAGAAUUUUCAUCAGAAUUAUCUUUAGGAGAGUGUGUUCAGUAAUCAUUUUGGUCGUGAUUACUGUAUAAGUUGUCAUGUUUCACUUAAAUAUCUGUAUAGAUUGAAUCAAACAAUUAUAAAAGCUGAAAAGUAAUUAA